AUGGACGGCCAGCAGGGUUUCGGUUCUUGGUCGAGUGACGACCAGGACCACGACCACGACCAGAACGUGUACCAACUGCCCCCAGGCUAUGUGCGAAUUCCCUACCCCUCUGUGGCACCUUUUGGGCCACCACCUCUUCCUCCGGUGAACUUCCAUCCUGGACUUCCUCUCCCUCAGCCGCAGCAACCAGGAUUUGGCGGGAUCAACCUGAACGGAACGACCAUGGGUACGAUGAAUGGUGGUGCCAUGCCAACAGCGUCACUUCCGACCAUGCAGCUCCCGUCGAUUCCCAACUUCUACCUCCCAAACAACAAUGAUCCCUUCGCCGUCGCCGGUGGUGCUGUGUACACUCCUGCUCAACCUGUACGUGUCGUGAAUGAUCCCGGAGUUCCUUUUGAUCCAAGCACCCCUCCACCGUUUGCGGAUCGUGCUCAGCUGCAGUUUCCCAGACGUCAUGGUGUCCUCAAGAUCGAGAAUAUUCCGUACACCAUCAGCAUCCCCGAGAUGCAGCAGUUUGUCUGCAAGUACAUCCCUUCGAGCCACUUGAUCGAGGCCCACGUAGCCGGUUGCCCUAUCCACAUCAUCAUGGAACGCUCGACUGGGAAAACAAUGGACUGCUAUGUUGAGAUCAUUGCUCCACAUACUGCUGCUCAAGACUGGGAACAUGCCUUUGGCCUCAAGCUCAUGCGAAUCCCCAAAAUCGGCCAGCGCAACGUCGAAGUCACGCUCAGCAACCAAGGCGAGCUGAUGAAAGACAUGUUUCCUCGUGCCAAAUGCAUCCACUUUGAUGCUGAGCAGUUUGGUGCCCCGAGGUUGGUGCCGAAUCGCGAUAUCUUCUCGUCGGGUUACAAAGGAUUCAUGACCAACGAGGAACUCACCUGCAUGGUCCGUCAUGCUGAGUAUCCGCAGCGUUCCCAAUUUGCAAAUCGGAGCAUGCAACGUACCUUUGAGAGCAUGAUCAGUACUUUGUACAAGUUCCCGUGGUUUUCUGUCAAGCUCUACACCCUUCGUCAGAUUCAGGCCAUGUUUGAUGCCUAUAAGAAGCAACUUGACGUCCUUAUUGUCAAAGUCGACUCUUCUAGAGGCAUAACUCGUGAAGUGGGUCUUGACAACAAACUCUUGAUGGAUUUCGUCUUUGCCGGUCUCAAUGCCCCUGGCUUUUCAGAGCGUCAGCGUGCAGACAUUGUCGAGUCCUCUCAGGCAUUGGCGUGUGGGUUUCGCAUCAGCAAGCAUGCUCGUUACUGGCCGUUCCAGACCCUGUCUACCCAUCCUGCCAACCUGUCUGACCAAGACGUGGGAAUGUGGUUGAAUGUUUUGAACAUGGGAAUGGGAGUCAUGGAGUCUCAAAAUCGCAAAUUCAUUGGCGUCGAACCAUAUCUCGAAGUCAUCCGCGACGCUGACGGCCAUGUCUUGUUCCAGCCUACUGAACAAGGUCUCGACUUGAAGCGUGGACAGUUCUCCGCGAUGGAGAAGCGAUACAUGCAUGGCAUGAUGCAGCUUGGUUGGCACAGUUUCAUGGAUCAAAUGGGCAUGGAGCCACCGACACAUACGCAGAAUCGCGGUAUGCAUACCUUCAACGACAGCUUUAUUGUUGGCUCCGCUCGCAUUGAUCCUGUCAACCCAUUUACCGGCGAUGGGAGCAGCAACCGCCGUCCUGGCGAUCUGUCCAACAACAAUAGCAACGGUCGAGGAGAUGACAACUUCGAGGAUGAGGACGAGACUCAAGGACUUGAAGGCAAUAUUGACAACCCCGAGCAGGCACAUCUUGCCAUGCGCGAAGUCCUCAGACAAGUCCACGAGGCUCCGCCGGCGAGGCAACAAGCGUCCAUGCACAGACAGAGUGGCUAUGAAGGAGAAGUCGAGGGAUUGGGAGCUGGCUUGCAGCACAUCGAGUCGUCCGCCGGCGGCAACGGGCCAGGACCUACCAUCAUCGGCCCACUCCUUCCACAGCACCCUGCCCGCUCCCGUCCUGUCCUCGGUCGUCCGUUCAAUCCAGAGACUCCUGCUUUCGAACCACCGCCAAGUCAGAAUCCUCGUCGCCGUCAUACUCCCAGCAACUCUGACUCUACCUUGGGGACUGGCCCUGUCUUUGGUGGCUCCGGUAUCGGUAAUGGCGACUUCACUUCUCCGCAGAGAAUCAGCACCGCUCGCAACAACGUCAGAGGCAAUGGUAGAGAACCCGCUGCUGCCGCUGCUGUUGGCAGUGGCGCACCGGCUCCUGCUGCUGCUGGGAUCCGCCUUCGGCCCACUGCACCAAUCUAUGGCUCCCUCCUGCCCGUCGCUCUUGGUCGCGCCGACGCCGUUACUGCUCAGCCAGCCUUAUUUCAAGUGCCAUCAGGCCGUGAGCGUCGUGGUGUCACAAUUCGUCCUCCCAACGAUGGAAGGGCCUUUACAACCCUGGGAACCACAUCAGUUUUAGAUACCGGAACUGUCGGUGGUCCCAAUCCAUUGACACUGUCUCCUGAAGAGGCCCAUGACACCGAUCACUCUGCUUCUGACACUGGGAGUGUUGGUAGUCCUCAUUCUUUGACGCUGUCUACAAGAGAGUCGCAGAACACUCGUCGUCCUACUCUUGAGACCGGAAGUGUCGGUAUUCCUCAUACGUGGACGUCAUCUCCGCGAGAGGCGCAGAACACCAUUCGCGCUGAUGGUGUCGACGAACUCGACGAGUUCUUGGAUGAACUAUUCGGCGAAACCACAACCCAAGCUGAUCGUGUGGCCAUGCGUGGUGGAUUUGUAACUCCGACCAGCUCUCCAGUGACUGCGCCAGCCUCGCCUCUGCGACGCGUCAUCGGCCGUGUGCCUUCCGGUGGUAUUGGUCAAAUCGAGGACGAUUACGAUGAUGGCGAGGUCGUCAACAGAUCGGCCAUGUCUCGCUCUUCUCCAGGUUACACCAUCCCCCAUGAUGAGUCUUCCAGCCCUUUCGUGUCGACCAGUCCUGAGAUGUCUUCCAGUCCUGGGGUGUCUUCCAGCUCUCUCGCGUCUUCCAGCCCUGUCGUAUCUUCCAGCCUGGACGCUGCUCGCAACGGCGCUCCCGAAUAUCGUGGCCCCGGCUCUGGCUGGGAAGGCUAUAUGGCUCUUUCUCAGGAUCCUCCUGCUCCCAUGCGAGACCCUCUCCAUCUCACGAUCCCAGGGAUUGGCGAUCUCGCUGAAUUUCCAUAUCCUCAACGCAUGACCAUCCUCGAAGGCACUGCCGAAGCGCGUGAUACCCGCCUCACUCUACUGCAGCAGCGUGGAUGGCGCAUCCACGAGACAAUUGACGAAGAACCUGAGCCUUCGAAUGCAGGCCAGUGA